CCAUGUCCCCGGGGGUGUCCCCAGGGGUGUCCCCAGCCGUGUCCCCAGCCGUGUCGCAGCCCUGGCUGGCCGCGGGCAGGGCCUCUCCCCGCCUGGUGCUGGGGGUGGUGUUCGUGGCGCUGCUGCUGGACAACAUCCUGCUCACCGUCGUGGUCCCCAUCGUCCCCACCUUCCUCUACACCACCGAGUACGAAGGCGCCAAGAGCUCCGCGAGCCCGGCCGUGCCCGAGCCCAGCCCCGCAGCCCCGGGGGCUCCUCCUCCCUUCUCCUCCGUGCCCUCCUCUUUUGACAACACCACCGUGCCCGUUCGGGGCUUCAGCAGCGCCCUGGGGCCGCGCAACGGGACGGGGAGGCACCCCCCAGCCCCGGGCAGGAGCUGCCUGCAGGGAGGGCAGUUCCUGGCGCAGGAGAACACCCGCGUGGGGCUGCUCUUCGCCUCCAAGGCUCUGGUGCAGCUGCUGGUCAACCCCUGGGUGGGUGUGCUGACCAACAGGAUCGGGUACCACAUCCCCAUGUUCCUGGGCUUCACCAUCAUGUUCCUCUCCACCAUCAUGUUUGCUUUCUCAGGCACCUACACGCUGCUGCUCACCGCCAGAGCCCUGCAGGGCGUCGGCUCCUCCUUCUCAUCGGUGGCAGGCCUGGGGCUGCUGGCCAGCGUGUACCCGGACGACGCGGAGAGGGGCAGCGCCAUGGGCAUCGCCCUGGGAGGCCUGGCCUUGGGAGUGCUGAUCGGGGCGCCCUUCGGGAGCAUCAUGUACGAAUUCGUGGGCAAGGCGUCGCCCUUCCUGGUCCUGGCCUUCCUCGCCCUCCUGGAUGGAGCUCUGCAGCUGUGCAUCCUGCAGCCCUCGCGGAUCUCCCCGGAGAGCACCAAAGCCACCCCUGUAUCCACCCUGCUGCGAGACCCCUACAUCCUGGUGGCUGCAGGAGCCCUCUGUUUCUCCAACAUGGGGGUGGCCAUGCUGGAGCCCACGCUGCCCAUCUGGAUGCUGCAGACCAUGUGCUCCCCGCAGUGGCAGCUCGGGAUGGCAUUCCUGCCUGCCAGCAUCUCCUACCUCAUUGGCACCAACCUCUUUGGGAUUCUGGCCAACAGGAUGGGCAGGUGGCUGUGCUCCAUGAUUGGGAUGGCUGUGGUGGGAAUCAGCCUCCUCUGUGUCCCUCUGGCCACCAACAUUUACGGGCUGAUCGGCCCCAACGCCGGCCUGGGCUUUGCCAUAGGCAUGGUGGACUCCUCCAUGAUGCCCAUCAUGGGCUACCUGGUGGACCUGCGCCACACCUCAGCCUACGGCACCGUCUACGCCAUCGCCGACGUGGCCUUCUGCACGGGCUUUGCUGUCGGUCCGUCCACGGGCGGGGCGAUCGCGCGAGCCCUGGGCUUCCCCUGGCUGAUGGUGAUGGUGGGCGUGCUGAACGUGGCCUACGCCCCGCUCUGCUGGCUCCUGCGCAGCCCCCCGGCCACGGAGGAGAAGAUGGCCAUCCUGAGCCAGGAGUGCGCCAUGAAACCCAAGAGCUACAGCACGAAGGAAGCCCAGCGGGAAUCGCCCCUCACGGAGGAGAGCGACGGGGAGGCGGAAAACGUGGAAUAGCCAAGGAAUGUCUGCCCUGCUUUGGAAUUGUAAUUAUGGUGACAGAACACGGAUGUGAGGGCAGCCACUGCCGGCCCAGCCUGCCCCAGACUCAACAAUCUCCAGCCUCUGCUCCUGGAUUUGGAGGCUCCAUCCAUUCCC